CGUUUAAAUAAAACUAUUAUAUUAAUCUGACUAUCCACAAUAGUUAUGAUCACAACGAAGAUCUACAGAUACAGAAAAUAAACCAAGAUGUUCAGCUACAGAGAAUAAACCAAUAUGUUCCAAUACAGAGAAUAAAAUAUGUUCAGAUAAAGUUUCUGUUUGAUCUUGCAGUAAGAUACAUCUGUGUUUGUUUUACAUUGGUGCACAUUUUAUAUUAGACUAUUGACAGAUACUUUUGUGCAUUAAAUGCAGUCAAUGUGAGUGUGUUAAUUGUGUGACCUGUGUAAAAUAAUGUUAAAACAGAACACAGGGAUGUUCAUGUGAUGCUUGACAUCUAACCUCUAACCUCUGACCUGUGUUCCAGACGUCCAACAAGGAGACACUGGGACACAGAAAAUAACCUCUAGGAAAACAGAUUACAUGAAGGGCUCCAUGUGCAGCAACAGCCAGUGCUCUCUGAGCGAGCCAACAGUAAGUAUUCUACAGGGGCCAAACAGCAUGGCCACCGGUUUCUCCCAGAAUCCCUACAACCUUCCCCGGAGCAGCCACCUACCCAGCGGCCUCAUCCCCAGCCACUACGACAUCCUGCCCAUGCACCACAGCCCCACACACACCACCCCCCCCCUCCCCCAGAGAGCCCCUGGUCACAGCCCCAGACACACCUCCUCACCACCCCCUCCCCCUCCCCCAGAGAGCCCCUGGUCAAAGCCCCAGACACACCUCCACACCACCCCUUCCACCUCCCCCAGAGAGCCCCAGCUCCCUGCUCUAGAGGGGAGAAAGGUCCUGGGCUCGCCACCCUUCCACCGGGCCACCAAGCCCCGGGCCACCCUUCCACCGGGCCACCAAGCCCCGGGCGCUAGCCCUGACAUUGUGACAAUGUUCUUCUGACAAUGUUCUGACAGCGUUGGGCUAAUGUUAAGCCUUCCCCUUGUCUACAUGCAUGAUGACUACGGUCUAAUAUUGAGGGAGGGAGGGCUGGGUUGGACCCCAACUUUGUUGUUGUCUUUCUGUGUUUAGUCUAAACCCCCUGAGGACUGAGGACAGAGCGGGAUCAACUCCCCACAUUACACCCUGAGAAGGAUUCAGUCAUGGAGAGAGAAAGAGAGCCUUCACCUUACAGCGAGGGAAAGAGAGGGAGAACCUCCUCUUCUGCCCUGGAGACACGCCCCCUGAGAGGGAGAGAGAGGGAGAACCUCUUCUAGAGAGACUCACACGCCAGACCCCCUGAGAGGGAGACGGACCAGACCCCCUGAAAGGGAGACGGACCGGACCCCCUGAGAGGGAGACGGACCGGACCCCCUGAGAGG